AUGGCAUCGUUCACUAAUGGAUUUGAGUCAAUAAAUUUGGCUUCAACAGUUCUGGGUGCUUAUCAAGAAGAAGACACUCCCAUCAAACGUUUACACUCUAUCCCCGCUUCCACCUCCGAAGAUGAAGAUGAACUUGAUCCCGAAGAGUUUAUUUCAAAUAAAGUACAUAAACCAGCAACAAAAGACUCACAUGUGCUGUACAAUGAGUAUCUGGAGAAGAACAGAAGUGAUGAACCACUAUCAAACUUACAUGACACUCAUAAACCUCAUUUAACAACAACCACAACUCUAAUUGAUUCAACCAAAGAAAAUGAACUGUUAUACAAUACCAUGGACAGUUUGAUGAUAAAAUCUAUCAAUUUCCCCGCGGCCAUAUACCAGUCAGAUGACAAGAAUUCCCAAUCACCAAUCGAGUAUUUAUCCAACAGGAUAAAAUUGCUCACACAAGAGUUAUAUGAAGAUUCAAUUAAAUAUGGUAAAUUCUUGAAGAGUGGUAAUAAUCAUAUAUACCAAUUGCGAAGUAAACUAUUGCAGACCUUCAAUCAAUUAUCCGAAAGUUAUUAUUCUUUAAAUGAACUAUAUCAUAAAGACAUGUCAUAUGCAGAAACAUUACACGGAUCAUUCAAAAAAUGGGAUCAACAACAAAACAAAGUAUUGUCUAAAGUGAAAUCCAUAAAAAGUGAUACAAACAAACAUGGAGCCAAAUUAUUCACCUUAUUAGAUGAAGUAAACGAUGUUGAUGACGAGAUUAAACUUUUGGAAACAAAACUACAGCAGCUUCGGUCUAAAAAGGAACUAUUAAAUAAAGAAAUCGAAGACACCAGCAGUGUUUUGGAAAGUAGAACAGCAAAGUAUGUUGAUAUGUUUAAAGAUUUGGAAAACAAAGGCAAGUCAGCCAUUAUUGACUUUCUUGUUUCUAAUGGUGCUCCCGAAAAAGAAAUUGACACCAUCGUGAGAUUUUUACCCGUUGAUAUUACCAUUUCCAGCAACUAUUCACUGAAAAAGGAACCAGACAAACAGGUACAUACUGCAAAGGAGUCAGUUCCACAGCCUGAAUCAACAAGCAACCCCCCAGCUAUCCCUAACAAUAUAGGUAUGCAACCGUUUAUCGUCCCUGAGGUAGAACCAGAUUCUAAGACACCAGAUUUGCAGUCAAUGAACCAUGAUCAUGGACCCACUCCUUUUGAAAAAGGAUAUGCCAUGGGGACACAAAACUCCGCGACGUUGAAAAACAAGAUGAAUCAUAUAAUGAAUAAGCUUUUGCAUUCCCUUCCGACAACUGCACCAUCAAAUAUUCCAAAAAUACCUGCCAUGUCACAUAUUAAAGUGGAUGAUUUAUCAAAUACAAUUUCUAAAAAAUUAGAUUUAGAUCCAAUAAUGAUUUUUUUGGAACACAAAGUUGCUGCUUUACAUGAUUUGGCAGUGCAAUCGUCUCAAAAUGCUGCAUUAUUUCAUGAGUUUGGUAGAAUAUGGGAAGACGUUACAAAACUAAUGAACAUUCAGGAAGAAAAGUUGGAGAGUAUUCUCAACGACUAUUCGAAUCCUAAAGUGGUUACACGUGUCUUGAUUUCCACUUUGGACCAAUUGAAAACCAUCUUAUCUUCAUUGAAUAAUAAUCCUAUAACAAAUGCUAGUUCUAAAAAUGAAGUGUUGACUUCAUUAGUAACAAGUGAAUAUAAUGCGGUUGAAGAGGCCGUUAAACUUGUAUCAACUGACCUUGUAACCAUUGGAGAAGCCAAUUCUAGUGGAGGGCAACCUCCUUUGAUACCUACAUCUUCAAAACCUACAAGUCAAGUGUAUCCAGUAAAUACUAAUGACAUCAAACUGGCUACAAAAAUUGAGUAA